AUGUCGUCUCCCAGCGCAUUGACUUUGUAUAAGAAACAAGAAGGAACAUUAGCGGUCUCGAAAGACAAAAAAUCUGUAUCAUGGACCCCUUCACAGCCGGCUGGAGCGUCUCCAGCUCUCGUGGUCGAUGUUGUGAGAAUUACCAAUCUGCAGCAAACCCCUGCAGACAAACCAAAGGUAAUGCUCAAAGUCUUCGUAACUGAACCUGGCCAGAAGGAACCAGGUACUCAUGUGUUUCAAUUUGCCUCAAAGACAGAUGCGCGAGGCGAAGCAAAUGCCAUUCGUGAUACCCUUAGCUCUGCUAUGGCCAAGGCCAGUCAAGCCGCGACUGCGACAUCGAACGGUGCUGGGCCGUCUGCAGCAAUGGCAAUAGCUGCAGCUAUAUCUGGUGGAAAGGGUGCUUCUUGGGAAGACGACGAGACUCUAGUUUCAGAUUUUACUAAACAGUUUUGGGCAUCUCGAGUCCACCUUCUACGUGCUCAUGCUUUAGCCCAGUCACAGAGCAAAGGAUUGUACAACGUCUUCUCAGAAAUAAAACGAACAGAUGAAGGUGGCAGACAGCAACUAAACCUCACUUCCGAGCAUAUCAAGGCCAUCUUCGAGCAGUACCCUAUCAUGCGCAUUGUCUACGACGAGAUUGUUCCAAAAAAGAUCAAGGACGACCGAGAAUUCUGGUCACGAUUCUUUCAGAGUCAGCUUUACUCUGUUCUUCGAGGGCUGAAGGUCGAUCGCAGACUUGAAGCGAAGGAUGCCAUCUUCGAUCUCUACCUUGACCACCCCGAGCUUACUGGUCAAAGGCCAACAUCGAGUGAGCUUCAUAUACCCAAAUUCAUUGACCUCGAGGGAAAUGAAGAGAACCACAGUCAAAGACAAGGCAACCGGCCAGAUAUGGAAAAUCAACAAAAAGUACUAGAAAAAGGUCCCAUCAUCCGUCGACUUAAUUUGAUCAGUGAAAAGCUCAUGGCUGCAGUCAAGCCUUCAGAUGCAGACAUGUCAGCACCCAUCGGCAUAGAUGAGUCCGAAUACGAACAACUCCGAUUACGCGAUCUAGCACUCACUGAACAACAACAACAUAUCAAACUGAACAUUCAGAAGCAAUCCCAGCUCUAUGCUGACACCAACUCCGCAACCGAAGAUAUAGACGCAGCACGUAUCCGAGCACUAAAUCCAACAAAAGCCAUUCAAAAAGUAUGCCGUGACCUCGACCAGCACUACUCCGCCUCUGGCGCCGCACCGACCACAGACAUGGACCUCGACGAAGCAGACGAAGACAUCGACGACGCAGAUCUCGCAGACAAGCCUCACGUGGUAGGAUCCCUCCUCGCUUCCGAACACAUCCACAGCCUCAUCGAAGCACACCGCGCUCAAUCUACCGAAGCAGAUACCAUCGGCACCAAUCCAAAAUCCUACGGCGGUCUCUCGGAAUCCGUCUAUGAACGCCUCGUCCUCACCCACGCCACUAGUCUCGAGUUCCUGCACCAGUUCUGGUCAGCUUUUCAUUCUGGUGAUCCGGCGCGGGUCGGUGAGGUUGCGUCGCUUGUGGAGUCGUUGGAUCGAGCGAGAGAGAGGAUAGAGGCCAUUGCUAGGGAUGCACAAGGGGAGAGAGAUGCGAAGAUUAAGUCGCUAGAGGCGCAGACUGCGGAGAUUUUUAGGGUUACUGGGAAACGCAAGAAGGUUGAUAAGAAUGCUGUGGGUGGUGGGGAGGCUGUCGUCAAGCAGUUGCUCGGUCCUAGUCUGCGGAGUCUGCAAGUGGCUGUGGACACGUAUAAGAGGACUUAUGAAGAGCAGAUAAGCGAGUUGCAGCGGAUCGAAGAUUGA